CAGCAGACAUCAUGAUGCAGAAUCAGAGUCUGACCUUCCUUCAUUUACGCGUCUGAAUCGUGUGUGAGUGAGGUGGGCCAUGCUCUGUCCCGAGCGUGGGGUGGUGGAGGAAUGGCUCUCAGAAUUCAAGACGUUACCUGAUGAUCUGAUCCCUGGCUAUACUUGCUGCCUGCGUCUGAAGAAAGGUCUGGUGCCUGCACUAUAUGCUGUCAUACAGGAGCAGCCCAGCAGUGAGCUUUUGGCUCCAGUGUGUCACCAGCUGUUUGAACUCUACCGGAGCACAGAGGUGGGACUACGCCGCUUCACGUUGCAGUUCCUCCCCGAGCUGAUCUGGGUGUACCUGCACCACACUGCCAGCAGAGAUCGCCACCGCAAUGGCUGUGUAGAGGCUCUAUUGCUGGGAAUUUAUAACCUGGAGAUUGUGGACAGCAAGGGAAACAGCAAGCUUUUGUCCUUCACCAUACCAUCUCUCUCUAAACCGUCCAUAUACCAUGAGCCCUCCAGUCUGGGCUCCAUGGCUCUGACAGAGGGAGCGUUGAGCCAACACGACCUGAUCAGAGUGGUAUACAGUGGCCUGCUGCCCCAGAGAGAAACGUUUACUUCUCAAAACAGGUUUGAGGUGCUAUCUUUCCUCAUGCUCUGCUACAACUCUGCUGUGGUCUACAUGCCAGCUUCCUCCCAUCAAUCAGUCUGCAGAAUGAGCUCGCGAUUGUGUGUAUGUGGCUACCCACGUCAACAGCAGAAGUUGUGGAGAGAAUCAUGCAACCGCAUGCGUCUGGAUCCGGAGUUCAUGGUGCAGAUGCUGACUGCAGUUUAUCAUGCAAUCUACAAUGGCCAAUGGGAACUCGGAAGAGAAGCUUUGGAGGACAUCUUGUACAGAGCGCAACUAGAGCUAUACGCCAAGCCUUUACUAAUAGCAAAUGCGAUGAGAUGUUCCCUGCCACCUCGACCACCAGAAGGCACACGGAAUCUUCUGGAGGUUGAAGCUACACCCACAAACAAACGCGUCUCUCAGACAGCCAUCACUGCUGCUUCCAUCCGCAGACUCCGCUGGAAACGAGAGGGCUGUUUUGAUUUCUCAACCUUGGCUGACUUCUAUUCCUCCACUGCACCGAGUCUGUUCUCUCCCCUGAAAAAAUCACCCAGUCCGGUACCCUGUGGAUGGACAACGAGCACCGUCCAUCGAUCUGUGAGAGGGGAAGCUGAUGGUGGAAGCUGCGGUGAGGACUCAUUUGACCCAGAUGAGGGCUUUUCCUCCGGGGCCUCCAGUAGUAGCCAGCCCAGCAGUAUGAAGAGGGACCGAGUUGCAGGAGUGCGUCUGUCCCGGGACCCAGCAGUGAACAUGUCUUUCGAGACCAGAGCUGCUUUGUGGACACGCCACCAACACCACCAAUCGCCUCCUCCAGCCAUCACGCUCCGCACUGCCGAGAGCAGCAGAAGCCCAAGCCCCAGCAUGGCCAGGAGGUUCCUAGACCCACAUUACCUGCCCCCAUUUGUUGGUCCUCCAGCCAGAACUGCUAGCACAUCUUCCAGUAAAUCCCUGGACUGCACCGGUUUUAAUGGCUCAUCUGGGCCCACAGAUAGCUUGUCAUUUGGAAGCCUGAGUGCAGAUCGGGCUCACUGUUUGUCAGCUGUCAGCCUGCAGGAAAUGCAACUCAGGCAGGCAUCAAGAAGCCAAGAUCUGCUCUCGCCUGGAAGUCCCUUUUCCUCUGCAAGCCCUCUGUCCAAACAGUCUCGCUCAUCCAGUUUUAAUAUGCAGAUUAUAUCACAAGUGUAGACAAAUCUGUGUGUCUUUAAAUGCGUCUCGGUGUGUGUGUGUGUGUGUUGACUGAAAUAUUGUGCAUGUGUAUGAGCAUGUCUUUGUAUAUGUUAAAUGGUUUCACAGUGAUCUGUGAGUGUAUGUGCUUAUAAGAGACAGUGUGUGUGCGUGUGUGUGUGUGUGUGUGUGUGUGUGUGUGUGCGCGCGCAUGUUUGUGUGCAUAAAGUGAAGAAUUUAUAAUUACACCAUUAUGCACUGGCAGUUUUUGCAGAAGAAAUAAGCGUUUUUUGCACCGACUUCCCCUUGUGGACAUGUGAUCCAGAGGUGCAUAUAAUGUGCCAUAACAUACGUGAUGGACUUUAAACAUCCUGCUGUAUCUUAAAAAUAGUCUCCAGAACUGACA